AUGCGCCACUUCACACCGACACCUUCGCCACGAUUCCCAAUUGCUCAUAACCCGAGAUUUCCAGCAGGCAGGGACAUCAGGAAUAUGAGUAAGACCAUACCUAACCCGGGGGACGGAAAUAUAACACUACGAGACCUAGUCACUGGGGACGGACUAUUACCACUGACUGACCUCGCGGACACACACCAUCCAACCAUUACUCAAACAUUCCAAUAUCAUCAGCUCAAACAUUUUUUACAUAAAGAAGGACUCUUACACUGGCAGCCAAGAGAAGAGACCCAAUUUGAAAAACUCUGCUCCACGCCGCCGAAAACCAAAAUAGUAUCUAAGUGUUAUCAACUAAUCCAAGAAUGCACGAACAACUCUCUCCCGUGGUUCACUGCAAAACACCAACAAUGGUUGUCAACCCCGUGGGAAGAAAAAAAAUGGCAUACUACCUUCACUAAAAUGAUGAAAUCACACUCAAGCAUAACAAUACAAGAACCAAAUUUUAAAUUUCUUUCCCACUGGUAUAUAACACCUGUAGACGCCAACAAAUACGAUACCAACACCUCACCGCUAUGUUGGAGGUGUCUGCAAGAACGAGGCACAUACCAACACAUAUGGUGGUCAUGUAACAGAGUAGUGGGGUUCUGGAGAGAGGUGGCGAGGAUUACAGGCAAACUUAGUGGCACAACUAUCCUAGCUACACCCGAAGCACUUCUUUUUUACAACAUCCCGGUAACUAUGCGCACGUUUCGAAACUCAUUAAUACUGUACUUCCUUACCGCAGCUAAAGUAGUAAUAGCAGGGCUCUGGAAAACUAGCAAAAGACCGUCAAGGAGAGAAUGGUUCAGGAGAAUUGAUGAUAUUUAUAAACUGGAGGAACUAAGGAUGUCUACAAUAGGGAAAUCACAGCUGUGUCAAACAAUGUGGGAACCAUGGAAAGCUUAUCUCAAAAAUUAUACUUAGGGUGUUAGACUUAAUUCACAAUAGAGUGAGGAUAUAUAGAAUACAUGAGCACAAUCACAGAUUCGUAGGAGGGAAACUCACAGGACAAAUAGUCGCUAAUAAUAUUGUAUACAUAAAUUGUUUUAUUUUUCGUAACCAAUUGAAAAAAAAAAAAAAUCUGUUACUCAAGUGUAAAUUGUUUGUACGAAGUCUGAAUGUAUUAUUAUAUGUCAUACAGUUUUUUUCUUUCAAAAUGCUAUAUGUCAUGUAACGCUUAUAACGAACAUGCAAAAUAAAAAAUAAAAAAUAUAAAAAAUACCUCCCAAAUGUCCCUAUUUAUAAAAAAAAAAAAAGUCCCUGUUUUAGACCCAUAUCCCUAUGUUCCUCUUUUCUAUCCAAUUGUCCCUCUUAUCGCUGUAAUAUGUCUUUAAACUACAAUAAGUGUGUUUAGAAACCAGUUUAUACAAGCUUUUAUGUACAUUACAUUUUAAUUUCAUACAUUUUUAUUAGUAAGUCACCUAAAAUUUCUCAGUACAGCCCCACUCCUGACCUUACCCCCACUCCCAUCCCUAAAAUUCAAGUGUCACUUUUUGUCCAUGUAAAAUUUUGGAAGGUAUGAAGCAUCCAUAACAAUUUGUAAAACACAGAUAUAAGUUUAAUGCAUCAAAAAUGAGUUCAUAUCAGAACAUAUUUUUGGAGCAGAAACCGUGCAGUAUGGCUAAUGUCUGUGCUGGUUAACAAAGCACUUACAUGACUCAUAAAUAGAAACUCAUAAACUUUAAAUGUUUCUUGUUACUUUUGGUUCCAUUUCAAAACUUUAUAGAUGCAAGCCAUUUUACAUGAUUCGUCAUCGCAGAUAUUUCAUCUAAUUAUUGUGCACCUUUGCAGAAUAUGUGGGGCUUUAAAAAAAAUACAAAUAGGUAAUAAAAUAUGUGCACAUAUAUUCUACACUAAUACCAGCAAAUAAACCAGUGCAAUGUUGUUAAACAGAAAUGGACUUAUUAAGCAAAUUAAGCAAUUUGAGGUAAAAUGUCAAGUUUAAUUGUAAGAAGUCUUGUUAAGCAAUACCCUGUUUUGUGAGCAUAGUAUGCCCCCGUAUAAGAAGAUGAGCCCCGUUUAAGGCCUGGGUAUUUCAAUAUAAUGUUUUUAUUUCUAAAAAUGGCUUAUCCUUGCCAAUGGCCAGUAUACGGUUAAGUAGAUUAAACAGUCUUUACCUCUCUCUUUUUUUCUCAUUCCUACCUUACCUGCCAAUUACUUUUUUUUUUUUUUUUAAAGCUGUUGCAUAUGAUAUUCGGCUCCCUGUCUCCAUGGAAAAGUUUAACUGUCUCUCAAUUGCGUGUCAGUUAGCAGAGUGACAGCACACGGCUGAAGCGUGUUAGCAAAUGCAGCCUGUGAUCUAAAUAGAUUGUGGCAUAUUCCAAACAUGUAAUAAUAAUUAAUCCUGACACCUUAAUCUGCCACUGAAGUUUAAAUGUACAGUAUUAAUCUACAAUUAGGCAAUACUGCUGUAACAAGACAAUGUUUUCACGCAGACCCAUGACUUAACUCUGGGAAAAUAUUGACACAAGAACAAAGGGUUAAAUUGGGCAGCUGGUCCUAUUUCCUGGUAUAUUCAAGUUAUUUCCAUUCUGACACAAUCAUGUGGGUGAUAGGUCAGCAGUGCAGAAAUUUUAAAAAUGAUACACGUGGAAUUGUCAAAACAAAAGUCAAAUCAUGUGCAGUCACCUGCAGUCUUAUAUCUGUAUAUAUACAGAUAUAAAUGUAUAUAUAAGAUACUAAAACUUGUGUGUAUGUAUGUAUGUGUGUAUAUAUAUAUAUAUAUAUAUAUAUAUAUAUAAUUUUUUUUCCUGUUACUCAAACAUAGUUGUUCAAUAAACUCAUUUAUUUUUCUUUUUGCAAAUAUAUAUAUAUAUAAAAAUAGAUGUAUCCCCUGCACUCACGCUUACAAAAUAGUCCAAUGCCGGGCGCACCACCAGAGCUCCAAGAUAUGUAAAAACCAACAAGAAGGAAGGCUGCUCUCCGGACUUUAAAACAAAAAAUGUAUUCAAAUAAUAUUAAAAAAUUACAACCAACGUUUCGGUCCCCAUUCGGGACCUUCCUCAGGGUCAAAAAUAGGACAACAAUACUGUAUUGUCUUGUUGUCCUAUUUUUGACCCUGAGGAAGGUCCCGAACGGGGACCGAAACGUUGGUCGUAAUUUUUUAAUAUUAUUUGAAUAAACUUUUUGUUUUAAAGUCCGGAGAGCAGCCUUCCUUCUUGUUGGUUUUUUGUUGGUUUUUAUAUAUAUAAUUUUAUAUAUAUAUAAUGAUAAUUUAUUUUAAUCAGUGGUUCCUGAAGGGCGUUCUGUACAAAUGGCCAUAUGCAAGUGUCCACAAUAGAAAAUGUCUCCAUAUUUGCUUCUAUCCUAAAUAGUGUGAUUCAGUUCUUCUCACCUUAUGAAUGCAACCAUUCAAUUAGAGACAAUGCGAACAAUAGAGUCUUCAAACACAAAAUAGUACAUUGAGACAUUAAGGCUGAUAAUGAUAACCUGCCCACUCAAUGCACAUGACAUUACACAGUUUAGAAAAGUGACUAUGACUUUUUCUAACUCUCGGUUCAAAAAUCAAUAAAAAACUAAUUUGAGGAUUUGGGUGUGUACUUGCCAAAAGUGGUCAAAAACAAUUAUCAGAGAACUUCAUAUGGAGAAAGAAUUACCAGAACUACCCCCAAGGUAACACUUGUAUCAUGGCACCCAAUGAGAAAGUAGUUAAGGGGAUAUAUUUACCUAACUUUUUCCCUCCUCUGACAUUUUCCCUGUCACCAUGCCUCUAUAGCUUCUGGUGUUUCAUCAUCUAAGAGUCAUGUCAGUGCAAAAUAGGGGUCCAAUGAAAACGUUUGUGAGAUCUUACACCGAUUUUUAGCAUUAGUAUAACAGGAUGGUCAUAAGCAUGUAUUAUGAAUCACAUGUGAAAAUGCAUACAGUAUGUUGCUCAACUGGCUUAAUCCAUUAAUACAUUUUGCUAAAAAAAAUGGAUUAUACAUGAAAAAAAAGAAAUCCACACUUUAUUUCAUAAAUAUUUUAUGAUUGCACCGGGAAUACAAAGAAAUGUAGUCAACAGGAGUUUUUCAUAAAUAUUCUCAUAGUUAUUUACUAAAGUGAGAAUUUCCAGGAAUUCAAAGUGUAUUCAAUAUGAAUUUCAAAUUUAAGGCAAAAGCUGAACUGGAGAAAUUCUCCCAGGCAGCUAUAAUUCUGGUUCAAUUACUUUGACCUUAAAUUUUAAAUUCACUUUAAAUUCCUGACAAUUCUCCAUUUCGUAAACAACCCUGUCUGUCUUAAUAAGGACUUCAUAAGCUAGUCUUCUUAGAUUUCUAUAAAACAUUUUCCAGUCUUGUUGGUAAUUGAUUUUUCAUGUAAUUAACCAAUUCUGUCCUUUCUUCUAGCUAAUAAGCUUUGUAUUCAUAUUUUGCCAUUCACAGCUUUCCUGCGUGUGCCUAUUCAGAAUGGCCCUGCAUCUAGGAUUCCUGUUAUCACAGAGCUGAGUAAGUCUUUCUUUGAGUGGUAAAUUCACAAGAGUAAAUGUGCUCAUUGCAUUAUUAAUAAGGAUGAGUUUAAAAGUUCCUCUUAGAAGCUGAGCAAGCUCAAUUUCUCAAUGCUUAGUAAACAUGAAGAGGUAGCCUAGGCAAGUCUAAGCAAGUAGUAGAUGAAAAUCACUAUCAUAAAAAAGGUAUUUGAGAAUCAGGAGGGUUAUGAAACGGGUUAAUGUAAUGUCAAAGCAUUGGUGAGAAGCCAUGUGAUGUGCUCUAAGUAACAUUGACUAGCUGGGCCAGAGACAUGAUUCAUGUUUAAUACAAUUCAAAAUUCAAUGCAUGCUUAGCCAACUGUAAACCAAGUAUGCUAGGAGGUUAGACAUGAACGAAGGACAUUGGAGUAGCUUGGAAACCUCUUUCAAUGUUAACAUAUUGUAAUGUAAUGUAAAACUUUAAGUGCAUGCACACACACAUAUGAAUGCACACAUACACAAAGGAGCUGCCCCCAAUUAUGUAGAAGGGGCUGUUUGUGGUGAUGUGAUUGUGUGUAAAGGGGUUGUGUGUGUGUGUGUGUGUAAAAGGCAGGGUAUGCAGAGCGCGGAGAUGCUGAACACCAGUACUGCCACCAGAGGUGUUAUUAGGCAGCAAUGUAAACACAAUGUUUACAUUGAAAAGCCAGCGGGGACAGGCUACAUACACCAAAACCACUACAUUGAGCUACUACAUUGAGUUCUGGUGACUAUAGUGUCACUUUAAUGUUUUAUCAUUCACACUUUCUUUCCUUCUUUAGUUAAAGCAGCUCUGACACUUUUUAGAGUCUUUGCAUAUUUUGUAGUGACUUCCAAUGGUGACUUCUCCGCUUGCAGUGCGGAGGCCGGGGUGCAGGGAAAAAUAGAUCUUAAUUACCUGAAACUGUCCCCUGUGGCCACCACCAACUUGAUCUGGUGUUUCAUUUUCAACUACUAGUGCUUCAUCUGCAAGCGACCGACGUCAGUGCUGUACUCUGUACAUUAUCCACUUAUGGAUAAUAUAUACUGCAGGGAUGUACUGAAAUGAUUGAUUUCCUGUAUGUAGGGGUGCCAGAUUCAUAAUCUUUUUCCUCUACACGUAAAAUGUCUUCAUUAUGAACAGCAAAUGAAAAGUGCUGCCCUGCAAUAUAUACAAUUCAUAAGCUGCUGUGGAAAAAUAUUUUACUUAAUCACUUGCUAGUCCCAAAAUAACAAUAAUAGAUUUCCAUCAGUCAGCAUAUGACUUUUACAGCGUGAGGUUAGCACUUUUCAUUUUAUAGCCUGAGGAGGAUAUAUAUAUAUAUUCAGGAGAACAUUGUAUAUCUAGCAAUCCACAUCUUCACUGUACAUUUUUUUUUUAUAUAAGUGAGGUCAGUAAAAUCUGUUUGCCAUAAUACUAGCGAGGGUUAAGGUAUCUACACAACCUGAGGUUUGAUGCUGCUCCAAGAGUUACAUUUCAUGCAGGCUGUCAGAUCCUUCAUUCUACCCUGGAUCCAGCAGUUGUACAUGCCUGUCUGUGACCUGGCAAAUGUACGCUUGUUAUUUUAGCUUUUCUUCUCCUCAGUUACCGAUGACUCUGCUGCUAAACGCUGUUAAUCAGCACGCAUGCCACUAAUUAAAUCAUCUUGUGUGUAUUAGCAAUGAAACCACCUCACAAAUAAAAGCGACGGGUGUCUAUGGUUUAAUUAGGAGCCCUCCAAAGGUUCCAACGCGCUUGGAGGUGAUGCUUGUCAAAUUAAUGUUACAUGGCACAGCCUGUUAUGUGACUGCACAGGGAGGCUGCCUCACUCUGCAACCAAAGCAGAGCAGACAGCUCUACAGGGAAGGAUUUGAGAUCUGUGUCAUCCUGCAUCUGUUACACAAUGCUUCAAUGAAAGUGUUACCCUCUUUAGGGUUAAACCAAAGUGCAUGAUAUGUGGCAUUUAAAGGGUACAUUACAGAUUUGUUCUCAUUUGGAAAACCACACAGGAGGGGCCAGGGCCAGGGCCAGGGCCAGGGCCAAGGGACUUAUCAGUAGAACAGUAGAUACAGACAUAGAGAAAGUGAUAGGCAGGAAUAAAACUUAACGAGGAGAAAUAUACACAGCAUAAAAGUAACACAAAUGUGACACAUUUUUUUCUGCAGCUGAUUCAUACCUCCGUUAUUUGGAAAUCAGGACAGAAUUGUGUGCUGGCAGACACCCUCAAAAUGCUAUUUUUGUUGUAUGUCAUCCUGACCCUCACAGCUCCUUUUGUGUGCAUUUCCGCCUCCUUGUGUGUGUCAUUUUUAAUUCCCCCUUUACCUCUUUGUAAGCCCUUAAACAUGCCCCUGAACCUUCCAAAAAGAAAAAAAAAAGCAUCAAGAGAUUGUAGAUGGAAAAUCUGUAUUAGUGAUAGGCAGCGUUCGGCACUCACAAAGUUGUGGACUACAUAUCCCACAAUGCUCCUACAUCAAUAAUGCUGGGAACAUCAGAGGUGAUGAACUCCACAACAUCUGGCCUACAGCAAUGUUAUAAAUGUGGUUGCUGGUCUAUUAGAAUAAGGAUAGUCACAAUGGGGAUUGCCAGUAUUUAGAUAGUAGAAGUGGUAGUUAUAUAAUGUCUUUGUAUCUACCUUUUGAGCACCCCCAAUAGCAAGUACAAUUAUUUAUAUAGCACCAACAUUUAUGUAGUGCCUUACAAUAGGAAACAAAACUAACUUUUAAUACUAACAAAACAGGCCUACACAGCAACAAUGGGUAAAGGGGGCCCUUCCCAAAUGAGCUUGCAAUCUAACGACAUUCUAAAUGGCAGUGGUCCACACUGCUGCUGUAGGCCUAGCCAAAUCUACACAGACCCCUUAAUAUGUUAUCAACCAAUCAAUAGGUUGCAUGUCACUUUACACAUGUUUAUUGUACUACUUUAAAUGUCUAUGCAUUAUGUUCUUUUUUUCGUUGCUAAAGUAAUUAUACAAUUUAAAUCAGAAAUUACAUUAAUUUAAAGUCCUACAAGUAUAUUAAUAUAAUGGGCUCAUCCCUUUUAGCAUUCAGUUUUUUUUUUCAAUUUUUGAAUUUUCAUACAACAUGCACACAUUUGAAUUCAACUUGUCCUGAAAAAUUAUAUAUCUUAAUGUUCUAUGUUCUGGUAGAGCAUUAUAAUGUAAUGAUUGGACCUUGUUAUUUUAAGUGGUAGCACAUAAACUGAGACAAGUUAGAUAGCUCUCAGUCCCAACACUAAUCUUGCAUAUUUGAAGCAUGGUACUCAAUGCACUAGUUACCAUUUUAUCAGAUCAUGACUGUAAUGACGUAGAAAUGCUUCAGAAUCUUAAAAUAUCAUUCCAAAUUGGUACAUUAGAAUCCAGCUGAUGUGAUAGUCUAGCAGACUUGCUGGUAAAAUAAUGCAUACAUAAAGACAUAUGCUCAGACUUGCUGUUAGUGAGAUGGAGCAGUCUUGGUUUGGUUGGGAAUAUCGAUAGGCUGAAGGUUUGUCCCAAUUACAUCCAGUUGAUCCUAGAUGUAAACCGUUGGCACUUUGGCAUCAUAUCCCACCCUCACCCUGCAAGCUUCUGUCCAGCUCAUGACAUAUGAGCAGAAGCUGGGAGAUUUGAGACUGAGAGUUGGUGUUUGAUACAGGGCCUUACACGCAGCACUACCUUUCAGCAUGUUCUAGGUAUAAGAUGUGGACAUCCUGCUUGGAAAUGUACACAGCAGGUUCAGAACCAACUGCUUUUUUAUUAAAAAAUAUCUGAACAUAUCCUGCCGCCACCUUAAAUCUAUCUACCUAUGUCUAGUCGACCUUUUUAAUAUGUUGUUUCAGGGAUUAAUUCAGUAUAAUAUAGACAUUUCUACUCAGUCUUUUAUUCAAUGUGCUCUGGAAAUAUACAUGAAGGCUAUGUCAAGUAAGCAGUUUCUCUAUACACAAUCAACAUUAGUAAACUCCCGGUGAAGGUAAAAAUUCUCCUCCAUCCCAUAGCAGACAGAUGCCUUCUUGCACUCCUCCUUAGAUUAGGAUAUUAAAGUAACAUUAAAAAUAACAUAUAAAAUAUAUAUGUAUAUAUUGGUUCAAAAUUGCUUUAUUUCUGUAAUUCUUUGUUUCUUAAGUGUAGCUAAGUCCAAGUUUAGAGGUCAUUGUAGAUCAUUCAGGGUAUUUUUCUAUAACACCAUUCAUUACUUAAAACACAAAACUGAUAUUUUUAUUGUUAUUUAUUUGCAGUUAAGUACAGUUAUAGAGGUUAUGAUAGGUCAUUGUAUCUCAGGGUAUAUUAUAGUGACAGUAAUUUUUUUUGCUUAGCCUUAUUGACAAAGGAGCUGUUACUUUGAAUCUUCUAUUCAUCCAAGUGCAACUUUGUUUCUCAGAUUUGUUUAUGCGAGAUAUGGCAUGUAUGUACAUUAAUAUGAUCUCCAUUAAUAACACACAGAGCAAGCAUCAAAUGUUACCUUUAUUAAUGAGGAUGUCGCUAGACAAUCUCAGAGCACAGAGACAAAUCCUAAUCUUACAGCUGCAUUUGCUUCUGGGUCUGUGUUUUCUGAAGAUUUUCUGGAUUCACUUAUGUCCAUGGUAAGUCACCUUCAUUCUCCUAUUAAAAUGUAGAGUCUCUGCUCAGUGGGUGAAAAAGGUAAAGAACUGGAAAAUAAUGGGCAUAUGCUGGUUCCAAUGCUAACCUGAUUGAGUAGUCAACAGGGGAAGAUCUUUGGCAGAUCAGUACCGGGUUACCCAUUAAGUGGCGUAUGCCAUCUAGGGCCCGGGAUUAGAAAAGGUUCAGCCCCCUUCCCACAGCUCCUAACCUACUUUACACAACACCCAGCCAACACACACAACACUCACAGAAACAUAGUCCAGGGAUCUAGGGGAUGAGGCAAUCUAGUAUCCUGCCUAGGGACCUGGGAAAUUUUGAUCCAGCUUUGAGUCUAAUUGUAACUGUAUGAUUGUCAAUUAUCUGUAUUCCAACAUAGGCUCUGGUCUAACUAGCCCAAAAGGUUAAACAUCAGUUUGAUAACCCCUGAUAGACUAAUAAGGAUACUGCUAUAAGUGGCAGAUCCCUUGGUGAGUCACAUAACAUUCACCUUCAGCAUUAACAUUUAACAGUGUUGUUGUAUAUUUGUGUAUUGUGAAACAGGUGCUGACAGUUCUCUGCUUGAAAUUAAGGCAUUUUGUUCAAGUCAAUAAUUGUAUAUUUUGUGUUUGUUGUAUGAGUUAUGCUUUUUCUCCAUUUACACAGGUAACUUCAAACUACAUUUAUUUAUAUAUAUAUAUAUAUAUAUAUAUAUAUGUAUAUAUAUAUAUAUAUAUAUAUAUAUAUAUAGUUAUGUUUUGUACCUUAUUUGGUCAAACCCCAACUGAAUUUAUAAAUAAAAAUUCCAUUUUCAUUUUAGCUAUAUGAUAAACAUUUUUUCUUUUUAUCUUCCUUGUACUGCGGGUGAAUUUCAGCUUUUAAUUGUUCUCAGAAGUCUUUAUGACCUUUAUGAAAAUAAAUACCUUCUGAUUAAGCAUUUUGUUUUCCUGUGCCCAUGUUUAAUUAUCCCAGACUGACAAACAGGUUUAAUAUACUUUGGAUGGUCAGGCACUGCCAUUCACUGCCUUUACUACUGUUCUAAAUUAUUUAAGCAACUUCAAAGCAUUCAUUAAUAAUUUAUAUCUAAUUAUAUAGGAGUUUAGAAUUGAUCAUGAGAAAUCCUCCAUCCACUCUUAUUUUCGCAAUUUCAACCAGCUUGACCACUAUUUUGAAAUUAAGGAAUUCCCUUAGACCUGUGCAAUUUAUGUUGUCCUUAAAAACAAAGUUAAUGUAGGCUUAUUCAGGGGAGUAACUAGAAACCUUAAAACCUAAGGGCCCCGGUGCAAGAAUCACUUUGGUUGCCCGCUAUAGCAGAAGAGCAUAGCAGAAGUGACCAAUAGGUAGAACUUCAGCUGCCGUACAAAUCCUAUGAUGUUUUACUAGCUGUUGAUCGACUGUUUUCCCAACCUUGCAGGGUUUUAUUUAUGAGCAACAUCUGUGAAUAUAGGCAUGGUUUUGUAUGAAAUAUGUUUUUGUGAAUGUUUGUGUAUGUGUGUAUAAUGCUGAUGUUUGAAUGCAAGGGGUCUGUUAGUGUGUAGUGUGUUAUCUUUUAAUCGUAGGUGUGUGUAAUGUUGGUGUUUGAAUGCACAUUUUUUUAAUGUAGUGUUAAUGUAAGGGGUGUGUUUGUCUGUAAUGUUUGCAUCUGAAUGUGUGCUGCCAUACACACAUACAUGGGUACAUUGCCAUACAUAAAAACAUGCAUACACUGCCACACACAAACAUUCAUUAAACAUAUCAUUGGUGAUUCCCUGCUUCACUGAGCGCUAGAGCCACAGGGGAGAGGAUAUUAUAGAGCAGUGAUGGUGAACCUUUUUGAGCCCGAGUGCCCAAACCGCAAUACAUGCCAACAUUUUUUCUCCUUAAAGUGCCAACACCGCAAUUAAACCCAAAUACUGAGGUUUAAGUUUAGAAAAAAACAACUCGUACUGUUGUCCGAACUAAUAACUUUUGUUUUAAAAGAACACAGAGAGUUCAAUGAUACAAAUUUUAAAUAAUGAUAUAAAUAGAUAAAAUUAAGCUUAUAUUUAUUAGUAUCUCCAACAAAUGCAAUACAUACACACAGUCUGCUGAAUACACACACACAAGACUGCUGAAUACAGAGACUGAUGAAUACACAUACAGACAGACUGCUGAGUACACACACACACACAGACUGCUGAGUACACACACACACUGAGUACACACACAGACUGCACACAGACUGCUGAGUACACACACACACACAGACUGCUGAAUACACACACACACAGACUGCUGAGUAUACACACACACAGACUGCUGAGUACACACACACACACAGACCGCUGAAUACACGCAAACACAGACAGACUGCUGAAUACACGCACACACACACAGACUGCUGAAUACACACAUACUGCAUUGAGGUGGGGGGUGCGUGUGUGUGUGAGUGUUGUAUGUGAGGGGUGCUGUGUGUGUGUGGUGCUGUGUGUGUGUGCUAUAUGUGUAAGGGUGCUGCGGAGGGGUAGGGGUACUGUGUGUGGGGGGUAGGGGUACUGCUGGGAGGGUUGGGGUACUGUGUGUGGCGGGUAGGGGUACUGUGUGAGGGGGUAGGGGUACUGCUGGGAGGGGUGGGGUACUGUGUGGGGGGGUGUUACUGUGUGUGGGGGUAGGGGUACUGCUGGGAGGGUUGGGGUACUGUGUGGGGGGGGUAGGAGCACUGCUGUGGGGGGUAGGGAUACUGUGUGGGGGUAGGGGUACUGCUGGGGGUAGGGGUACUGGGGGAGUAGGGUACUGUGUGUGGGAGUAGGGGAGUACUGCUGGUGGGUUAGGGUGCUACUGGGGUUAGGGUACUGUGUAUGGGGGUAGGGGUACUGUUUAUGGGGGUGGGGUUACUGCUCUGGGAGGGGUUACUGCUGGGAGGGUUACUGCUGCUGGGGGUGCAGGGGGUUACUGCUGGGGGUGCAGGGGUUACUGCUGGGGGUGGGGUGCCAAUGUGUGUAUGGGGUAGGGGUUACUGUGAUUGGGGGUUACUGCUGGGGGUGGGGUUACUGCUGGGGGAGGGGUGGGGGUUACUGCUGGGGAGGGUAGGGGUUACUGCUGGGGGUAGAGGUGCUGUGUAUGGGGGUAGGGGUUACUGCUGGGAGGGUAGGGGGUUACUGGGAGGGUGGGGUUACUGCUGGAGGUGAGGGUUACUGCUGGAGGUAGGGGUACUGCUGGGGAGGGUUCUGCUGGGAGGGUGGGGGUUACUGCUGGGAGGUGGGGUUACUGCUGGGUUGGGGUUACUGCUGGGGGGUAGGGGUUACUGCUGGGCAGGGUAGGGGUUACUGCUGGGGGGGGGUAAGGGUGCUGUGUGUCAGUAUAACCCCCCCCCCUCCUUCUUACCUUUGAUGAAGUGGGGGGGGGGACACAGCCAUCCCUGGUGGUCCGGUGGUGGUAAGCACUGCAGGGGGAGGGCUCCAUGAAGCAGCUCCCCUGUCCUCCCGCGCAAUGCUGUGUGGAGCGUUGCCAUGGUAACGCACGGCACCGCUCCACACAGCAUCGCGCGGGAGGACAGGGGAGCUGCUUCCUAGAGCCCUCCCCCUGCCUCCCGACCCGGAAGCAGAGUAGGCGCCUGCCGUUUUGGGCAGGCAGGUGUCUACUCUGCAUUGAUGGCGAACCUGUGGCCGCGUGCCCACAGAAAGGGCCCCGCGUGCCAUAGGUUCGCCAUCACUGUUAUAGAGUGUAUCAGCAGGCGGUGCAAACCAUGCAAUUUACUACUGGACCCAAUCCUUUUUAUAUGUCUGGUUAGCAGUAUAUUAAAUAAAAAUGUAAUUGCACUUUUCAUUGGGACCUGGCUGGAGAAGUGGUGUCUGGCGAUGGACUCUGUGCAGGGCAGCGUCAGGUGAGCAUAUUGUAAAUUAAGUAAGCUGCCUGCUGAUGGGUCCUCUGCCAGGUGGAAUAUCAAGGCCUGCUCAGAGUUUUGAUCUUUACGACCCUGGUUGUAUCAGCAGUGGGCUUAGUGUACAUUGUUUCAGCUGUAUAAAACUCAAUGGAGUCUAGUCCACAAGGAUAGGAGGGACAGUGCCCCUACCGCAAGUUGUUUGUUGACAUAAAAUCAAUUAGAGUUGCAAUGACUAAUGAUAAGUAUGUAAUAGAAAAUAUAUAUUGUCUGUCUAUAUUAGUUUGCAGUAUAGUUCCCCCUCUUUCUUAAUGAGAUGCUGAUGAGAGGAUUAGUAAAUAAUGUCAAGAUCUGGGACAUGUUGAAAAUGUGCCCUAUUUUUGAGUAUACAUUCCUGAGACAUGCUUAUUAUGCUCUAGAAGGGUUUCUGAUGUCACCCAUUUGCUUUGCAUUUGUCCAUCAAAUUGUCUAGGGCCUAAAAGAUAUUCCUGGGUAUUGUCUUGUUUUCUAGGGCUAUAGAUAACAGCAUCAAUUUGUGGAAUCACACUUCUUUAAAAUUGUUGUUUCCAAAAAGGAAGUAUCUACAGGUUUGUGGUAUUGAACAGGGCAUGAUAUCUUAUUGAGUCAUGUACUACUGAUCAUAGUAUGUAUUUUGUUUGGAAUUAAACUGUUCAAAAUGUGACAUUUCAUCAGACUAUUCUAAUGGUGUCCAGAUUACACACACGUUUCAUUUUUGUCUGCAUAUGAUUAUUUAUAAUCUAUCAUGUAUAUCUCUGAGUACACUCAUCAAUUCAGUAGCAAAAGUUUUGGAAGCCAUAUUUAUUCCAUCUUGUAAAUACUAACUAUAAGUACAAUUGUGUGUGUCGUUUUGUAGCAUGUAGGAAAUUAAGGUUCGAAUAAUUAAGUUACAAUUCAGUCAUACAAUUGUGUUAGAACAAAAGAGUUUGUUAUGAAGACCAUGGGGUAGGCGGUAGGCUGAUGAUACAACACAAAAACAGUAGUAAAAGAGUAGUAUUGUCUUAGAACCAGCUAUCCAGUUGAAGCUGUAAAGGGUAAUUCUGCAGUGCUCGGGGUUUACUUUAGGCUGCCCUGAAAAACUGUCUGAGAUUUGGUGUACAAGGGAACACUGUUAUAAGGAGCUAAAUUAAUUUUUUUUUUUUUUUGAAAAGAAAUUGUUUCAUUCAUUAAAUAUUCAGUGAAAAUGAAUCAGGAAGUGUGAGUAAAUCAAUUAGUCAAAUGUCUGUCAGAAGAUAUUACGAGCAACUAAAUAAUUCCACAUCAGAUGUCAUACUUCAUUUUAUAUUUAUGUUCAAUGUGUUAUCUUCCCAUUCACUGCUGCUGUCUCUUUACAUGUCAGAGGCAUUGUGGAGUCUUACAUGCCAGAGUUAAAGACACGCAGUUCAUCCUUCAUAUCUGAUGUCAAGGCAGGAAAAGCAGAGACGUUAAAGUAAUUCAUCACUUGCAAAAUAGCAAUAUAUAUAUUAUAACAAGACUAAAACAUCAGCAGCAGCACUCAUACUAGCUAAGCAGUAGUGGCCAAUCACAGGUGUAACUUUAGAGUAACAGCCUAGAGACACUUAAUCUUUCUCUAUAUCAAGUGCUGAAUCACUGUCAGCCACCCAGUAGCUUGUACACUUCUGAGCCUUGUAUGGGAGAUAAUCACAUGAAUCUUACAAAUUACUAUUGUUGUUUUUUUUUUUUACCAUCCAAGCUGUACUUUUAAUAAUAUACAAUUAGAUUUUCUCACCCCUCCUGAGUGGUAUGUUUAUUUCUCAUUCUCGGGUCCUCUACCAGAGGCCUGGGAGUUUGAGGGUUCUGCGCAGUAUCUUAGCUGUUCUUAGAACUGCAUUCUUCUGGACAGCGAUCUCAGUUGUCCCACCUGGAAUAUGUUGAAAUCACUCCCCCAACUUUGGAGUCACUGCUCCUAUCACAACUGGGACUACUACUGCCUGCUACUGAUUUCACUUUCCACAUCCUUUUUAGUUCUUCUUUCAGUCCUUGGUAUUUCUCCACCUUCUCGUGUUCCUUCUUCCUAAUGUAUUGCCACAUCCAGCAUGACUGCAGUCUUCCAUUCCUUGUCUACCAACACAAUGUCGAGUUGGUUGGCCAGCACUUUCUUGUCUGUCUGGAUCUUGAAGUCCCACAGGAUCUUAGUCCUGCUAUUCUCAACUACCCUUUGUUGUAUCUCCCAUCUGGACUUAGGCAUGUCCAUCCAUAUACUGUGCAGAUGUUUCGGUACUCUGUAUAUAUAGAGUACCAUAUAUAUGUAUAUAUAUAUAGAGAGAGAGAGAGAGAGAUUAGAUAUAUACAUAUACACAUUUUAGAGUGGCCUUUUAUUGUGGCCAGCCUAAGGCACACCUGUGCAAUAAUCAUGCUGUCUAAUUAGCAUCUUGAUAUGCCACACCUGUGAGGUGGAUGGAUUAUCGCGGCAUAGGAGAAGUGAUCACUAACACAGAUUUAGACAGAUUUGUGAACAACAUUUGAGAGAAAUAGGCCUUUUGUGUAUAUAGAAAAAGUCUUAGAUUUUUGAGUUCAGCUCAUGAAAAAUGGGGGCAAAACCAAAAGUGUUGUGUUUAUCAUUUUGUUCAGUGUAUAUACAGUUAGGUCUGAAAAUAUUUGGAAACUGACCCAAUUUCAAAAUGUUGUCUCUGUACACUACCACAAUGAAUUUAAAAUGAAACAACUGAGAUGCAAUUGAAGUACAGACUUUCUGCUUUAAUUCAAUGUAUGCAAUGUUUAGGAAUUGCAACCAUUUUCAUACAGUCCCCUAUUUUAGGGGCUCAAAUGUAAUUGGACAAGUUAACACAAUCCUAAAUAAAAUGUUUUUUAAUACUUUGUUGAGAAUCCUUUGUAGACAAUGACUGAUUGAAGUCUGAAAUGCAUGGAUAUCACCAGAUAUGAAAUGCAUGGACAUCACCAGACACUGUGUUUCCUCCUUUGUGAUGAUUUGCCAGGCCUUUAAUGCAGCUGUCUUCAGUUGUUAUUUGUUCAUGGGUCUUUCUGCCCUAAGUUUUAUCUUCAGCAAGUGAAAUGCAUACUCGAACGGGUUGAGAUUGGCUGAGUUAUUGACUCAGCCAUUGCGGAAUAUUCCAAUUGUUUGCCUUAGCAUCUCAUGGGUUGGUUUCACAGUAUGUUUUUGGUCAUUGUCCAUCUGUAAGGGGAAGUGCCAUCUAAACAACUUCGCUGGAUUUGGCUUAAUCUGAGCAGACAGUAUAUUCCUAAACACUUCUGAAUUUAUCUGUCUGCUUUGGUCUUCUUUCACAUCAUCAAUAAACACAAGUGACCCAGUGCCAUUGGAAGCCAUGCAUGCCCAUGCCAUCACACUGCAUCCACCGUGUUUUACAGAUGAUGUGGUAUGCUUUAAAACAUGAGCUGUUCCAAGCCUUCUCCAUACUUUUUUCUUCCCAUCAUUCUGGUACAGGUUGAUCUUAGUUUAAUCUUUCUAAUGCUGUAGAAUGCUGUACCAGACCUGGGGUGGCUUUUUAGAUGCUUUUUUGGCAAUAUCUAAUUUGGUCUUCUAUUCUUGAGGCUUAUGAAUGGUUUGCACCAUAUGGUGAACCCUCUAUAUUUGCUCUUGUGAAAUCUUCUCUUUAUAGUAGACUUGGAUAAUGAUAAGUCUACCUCCACUUCUUCAUAAAAGCAUAUCAAUUAAACUGUUAAUAGCUCCUGACUGAUUCCUCUUCUGCAACUGUCACUAGUCUAUACUACUAACCUUUUUGUGUCAUUUUACCCCACUCCCUCUAGCAUGUAAGCUCAUUGAGCAGGGCCUUCAAUCCCUCUGUUCCUGUGUGUCCAACUUGUCUGGUUAUAACUACAUGUUUGUUCGUCCACCCAUUGUAAAGCACUGCAGAAUUUGAUGGCGCUAUAUAAAUAUCAUAAUAAUAAUAAUAAAUGGCUGGAUGCUGUGAAAGGGUUUUUUGUUUACUAUGGAAAGGGUCCAAUGAUCAUACAUUGGAUUCCGUGGACGUCCAAGCCUUUUUGUGUUGUAGAACUCUAUACCCUAUCCUGGGCACAGGGUGACCAAAACACAAGAGCAAUCUGAGAACCUACAUAAAGUGUCCAUCUUCCAUCCCCAGUGAUAUACUCAUAGUUUAAGUAUAGGCCACUAGUGGUUCUCAUUUUACUUAUCACGUGUUUGACACGGGGUACUUUUAGUUUUCUUCUCUUCUGUUUCUUUUUCUAUAUUAGAUUGAAUUAAUAAAGUUUAUUUCUUUUUAAAUCUAAGAAGUGUUUAAUAACUUUUGGGACUUUCCUCAGGAUAUCAAAAGUUUUAAUCAGAAGUUGUGAAUGCAGACUACCAUUUGGAGUUUUGCUUUUUGUAAAGCUUUGCGCCCAUUUUAGACACAAUGAAAGUGUCAUUAUCACAUUGCACAAUAGAAAAAUAGUUUUCCCAGGCUGUCUUAAUAAUUAUAUUAGUAAUUUUACAAAAGCACCUGUAGGAUAUGUGGCACAGUACAAUACGAAAGAAUAUGCACACGACAUAUUAAAACCUAAGAUGGUAUAGUGAGGCUUGUUCUCUAGAGUUUAUAAUCUAAAGGGACAAUGGUGGCUUCCAAACCUCUUGACCAUGACAUGCACACAGUUUGAACAGAAAUAUGUGGUUUAUGGGAGGUUACCCGGUUGCCUGCAAGAUGCUAGGGUCAUGGUAUCAGCUCACAUGCUGCUGUUGUUCGCUGCUAUUGCAACUGAAGUUGUUACAGACUUCUAGAUAAAAAAAUCUAAAGAUCCAUUUUACUCUUUCCUUCUAUUAUUUUUGUAUUUUCAAAAAUCUGCUAAGAACUAAAUGAUUUAUACUGCACUUUUGAAUUAAUAACAUUAUUGUUUGCUUAUUGCAUUGGUUCGUCUUUGAAGUUUUCCCAAAUAUCUUCUUGUGUAGCUCGGUUUCUUGUUAAAUAAGAAAGAAGCUUCAAGAAUCCCUCAUCUGUCACAUGCUUUUAAAAACGUUGUCGAACUUAGAGCUAGUUUAAGGCUUAGUUCACUGUAUAUGGUAUAUUCUAUUAGUUAGUCACAUCAGCACUAUUAUAGUAUAUAUUUAUGUUGAGGUGAGUGCAGGCUUUCUGUUCUAUAUAAUAAAUAGGAGUAAAACUAACUCCUGGUUUUCAAAAUUCCCUAUUAUAGGGCUAUGUUUAAUCCUUGCAAUGCAGAGUCCCAGAAGAUGGAUGCAUGAUGCUAGUGGGUUAACCACAGGAAAGCAGUCAUUAUGCUGCGAUAUGGGUCUACAUUUAAUAUUUUUGGAUAAGCUUUCAAAUAAUUUAACAUUUUUGGAUAAACUUUUCAAAUGACGUUUUUCAAAAUAUUUAAUUUUAAAAUAAUAAGUAGUGUUUAAAAUAUAUCAAUAUAUCAAACAAUAUUACACAUUCUUCCAAAAUAUUAAAUCACUUUAAAAUUGUAUCCAAACAUAUGAAAUCAUUUGAAAUGCUUUUCUAUGCCAUAUAGUGGGCAGUGUAGCUGGGUCACACUGUGAAUGCAAUUGAUUAGUUCCUUUAUUCAGGCUGUGGAACAUUGUAGGCUCCCACCAUGGAUUCUCCUUUAUAUCAUGCUCAGCCAAUCCCUGGGCAUAUAAACUCUAUGCCUUAUGCUCUGUUCAAAUAGAAAAGUUAAGACCUUUUCAUAUAUAUGAGAAAUAAUAAAAUAUACAUUUAUUGUAAAUAUGAUAUUAUGAAAAAUAUGAAAAAAAACAAACCAAUGUAAGCUUCACUUGAAAAAGAGUAUUAGAUCGCAUUGUAUCUUUCAUGUGGUGCUUUUUAUGUAAUACAAUGAAACAUAUAUAAUUUCAGUCAAUAUACAGACAAUAUUCAGGUCAUGGAUUUUGCAAAUAUGCUCAAGGCCACAGGUGGCAUCCCAUUGGGCACCAUUUGCCUAUGCCAUUGUGUCUAGUAGUUUAGAUGUUUGUGUUAGAGGAGAUGGGAUAUAUUAUAUGACUGACAUGUAGCCUGUGUAAAUGCUUUUUUUGCCUUCCAGCUGUGUUUUUCUGAUCAAAGCGUAACUUUGUUGAUUUCCAGUUAUCACGCUUUAAACAGCAGGCUUUUUGAGAUGCUCAAUACAUUUCUCCGUACUCUCUUUCUAUUUUUUUAGCUGUAAACUCCUAAGUGACUGACACAGACUUCGUAUCUCACAAUAUAAAACAGUGCAUUCACAAAAUGUUAAGAAACUGAGGAAAAAUGUGUCGACGCAGUAAAAAGGCCUGCAGCUUAAAGUGAAAUUGCUAGGCAGUGGGUUUAAAAUAACUCUCACAGGGUAUUCCAUCCUACUAUUGUCAUUUUAAUAAUACUAUUUCCUCCAAACAGAGCUAUUUCAACUGGCAGGUGUUGGCAUUACUGCAGAUCUUGGUUACAGGAGGAACUACUCCAGAACUGGAGGAGCAGCUAGGGGAGGAGAAUGUAUUGAUAAAGAGCACUCCAAACACAGCCCAUGCUGCUCCAAGGAACCGCUGCAAACUAUCCCUUGUCCAUCUCACCGACUGCAGGCUGAAAACUAGUAAA